UCGGUGCUGCUGCCCCUGGUGAGCUGCUCGUCUCCUGACACGGUCGGUAGGUCAGAGUCUGUAGCUGUCAGAUACUUAGCAAUGAGCUAAUGAAGCUGGUAGUUGAAAUGAACGCCGGGUCUGUUUAAAGUCAGAAACAGCAGAGGCUCCGUUCUGUGCUGUCGUGGUUGAGGGCUAAAGGAGAGCUAGCUUCAUGCUAACAGGCACAUGCGGUUUCCCUCGGAAUCUGAUCCCAGAUGACGGCCUCCACUCGCAGGACGGUGCUGGCCCUGUACAUGCGGGUGUUUCGUAUCGCCCGAACGUGGCAGGCACAGAGUGAAGUUACAAGUGACACAGAAUCGGAGAGAAAGUACAUACUUCAGGAGGCCCGCACUCUGUUCAGACAAAACCAGCAGCUCGAAGAACAAGAGUCAGUGAAGAGGUGUAUAGAGGAAUGUGAAGCAAGGAUAGAAAUAGGUCUCCAUUACAGGAACCCAUAUCCCAGGGCUAACUACUUGCCACCAAUGGGACUAGCGACUCAGAAGGGAAGGAAGCUGAGAAUGCAGCAGCGCCUGAGGAAGCAGGCCAAGCCAAUUUAUUUGCAGUCACAGGACGAGACCUGAUGCUUGAUUUCGUAGAUCCUCGCCGGGAGUUCAAGUUACCAAGGACCGGAGACAAGAGUGCAGUCACAUGCCGAUCGCACGGAGGAUCCCAUGCUCUCAUUGAUGCAUGAACACUUGUCAUUCAGGGGGAAAAGCCAUGUUUCGUUGUCUUUUGUUUUGUUUUAUUCUGUAGACCUCGUAAACAAGGCUGCGUGGUCAGUGUGUGUCACCUGUAAUAUAAAAUCAAAUUGUAUAUUUUAUUUAUUUUGCGUUGUAAUAAACACUACAAAAGAGCUGUACAGAGAUAACCACUGGUGUUUAAAUGGUUUGUCAACAGAUAUGUUUAAGUACAGUUUCAUAUUCUAGUAAUAAAUGUGAAUAUUUAUAUGACGAA